AUGCCCAACAGAACGGAAAGAAGACGUUUCCCGGGCGAGGAAGGUGCUAGCUCCUCUGCUAACGAACACGACUACAACAACGGCGCCAGCGGGAUGGAGUGCUCGAUACCAGCAAUGGCAAAUGAGCUGGAAUUCCCUCCACUGCCCGUUACACCGAGAACUGUAAGGAGAAGAGGAGGUGUGCGCGGUGUGGUGGAGAUCACGAAUAUGGGAAAUGUGAAGACGGGGUUCAGCCUAAAUGUUGUAGUUGUGGUGGGAGUCACAGUGUUGCGUAUGCUGGGUGUGAGAGAAUGA